AAAUGAGUCAACUGAGAAGCACAAGUCUCUUCAUGUGCAGCUCAAUGGAAAAUGUGGCUUGUCAGGGUCGUUAGUGUCAUAUAUUUCACUGCUGUUUGUGCAGCUCAGGUCACCACAGAUGGCUCCUCUUCGAUCACCUCGGUGUUCGACGAGCCAUCAACCAUUCUUCCGCCAGUUUCAACGGAGAGUACAACCGUCUACCAGCCUCUUGUACCAAAUCUGCAGCUCCUGUCAGGCUGGUCGGAUGUGUUCCCUACAGAGAAAGUGGAGCUUGAUUGUAGUAUCCCCGACAGCUCUGACUGGACCUUCACCUGGUACAGAACUCCAAAUCAGAAUCCAAUUGGGACUACACCCGGAACGAAGCUUGGAACCACUGCAGUGUCUGGAAGUUAUUUCUGUAAAGGUCAACACAAAACAUCAGGCGAAUUCACUGGACCUAGUAAUAUAGUUCCACUCACUGUUUAUGCAAAAGUGCCCAAACCCACUCUGACCCGAAGUUCACACUAUGACAAGAUGUUCCCCAAAGAGACUGUCACCUUCACAUGCAAGGUGGAUGUGUCCUCUGGAUGGGAAUAUGUGUGGUACCAUGAUGGCAAAGAACUCCAAGGCUCUAGUAGUAAUACUUACCCCAUAGUGUCCAUAGAUCAUCGUCACCAGGGGCAGUACCACUGCAAAGGCAAGAGAGGCAACCAACAGUUCUUAACAGAGGAGAGUGACACGACUACUCUGCAGGUCUCCGACCCACCUAUUCCAUCUCUGAUUGUGCUGACUCCCUGGCUGGAUGUGUUCGAAAAUGAGGAGGUGAACUUUAACUGUGAAGUUGAGAGCGAUGACUGGACAGUCACCUGGUACAAAGAUCAACAACAGCUUCAGGUGGACAUGAGCAUGGACAGAGAUGAGACAUAUCUCAACAUCACCUCGGUCGCUCAAACGCAUCAAGGAGUCUAUUACUGCAACGCUCGGCAUGAUUACAGAAAAAUCAUCUCUGGAUUCAGUAAUGUGGCUAAUCUGACAGUUUAUAAAAAAACACCAACACCAACAGUGACCAGAGUUCCUGAUUUUAACCCGAUGUAUGUUGGAGAAACAGUGAGCUUCACUUGCAAAGUUUAUGUGUCCUCUGGCUGGGAGUACGAGUGGUACAAAGAUGAGAAGAAGGUGCGCCAAGAAACCAGCGAGAACAUCAGCAUCCCUCUUGAUCUUUCUGAUCAGGGGAAAUACUGGUGCAAGGCCAUCAGAGGUGGCAUCACAUUUAACAGUGAGAAAAAACAACAACAUGUUAUCGAAAUUCCCGUUCCGUCUCUGACGCUGAUCACACCGUGGCUGGAUGUGUUCCCUGGUGAGGGUGUGAAGAUGGGCUGUGCGAUGCAGAAUAGCUCUGACUGGACUUACACGUGGUACAAAGGCGGACAGCAGAUCAAAGCUGAUAGUUUUGUCUCUUUCGACUCGAACGGAGCUACUCUUUCCAUAAGCUCUGCUUCAGUUGCACGUGCACAACAAUUUACCUGCCAGGGACACCUGAAAGGCAGGUCUGUCAACAGCAUGUUUAGCCCCGGACUCACUCUCAAAGUACAUGAUGAAAACCCCACAGUCAAACUGAUGCAGGAUCCGGAGUACAAGGUGAUGUUCCCUGGAGAGUCAGUGUCCUUCAGCUGUCACAUUAAUGUCUCUACGGGAUGGGAGUACCUCUGGUACAAAGAUGGCAGUCAACUUACCGCAUCUGGAAACAAGUAUCCAAUCAGCUCUGUUGGAACAACAGAUAAGGGCUCGUAUACAUGUAGAGCAACAAGAGGCAGUGGUCCAUCCUUUCUCACAGACUUCAGUCAGGCGAGACGCCUUGAGGUUGAAGGUAACAAGCCGAAGCCCUCGAUGACUCAGCAGCCAGAUAUUGACAAGGUUUAUGUUGGAGAGUCAGUGUCCUUCAAAUGUAAAGUGGAACACUCUGGUUGGAGGUAUCACUGGUACAAAGAUGGAAGAAAGCUCCUGAUCAAUGACAGUAGUUUUAACAUCCAUGAUGCCAAUUUAGCGGACAAUGGGUCUUAUACGUGCAUGGCCAUAAGAGACAAAACAACGUACAACACCGAGCACAGUGAUGGGCGAAUCUUACGUGUAUCUGAAAUUCCUGUUCCAGCUUUGAAGCAGGAGACGCCGUGGUUGGAUGUGUUCCCCACUGAGAGUGUGAAGUUGAGCUGUGACAUGGACGGCACCUCUGAAUGGACCUACACGUGGUUCAAAGAUAGACAGCCCCCCAUCCAGGCAGAUGAUUCUGUAUCUUUUGACUCAGAUAAGGUGACGCUCACCAUCAAGUCGGCUUCAGCCGCCCACCGAGGACAAUACAGCUGCUCAGCAAGACUCAAGAGCCGGUCUGUCACCAGCAGCUCCAGUUCUCAACUCACGCUUGAUGUUUAUGAUUCAAAACCCCAACUCACACUUGUGCAAAAUCCCACACACAAUGUGAUGCAUACUGGAGAUUCAGUCUCCUUUAGCUGUCAAAUCAAUGUCUCUUCCGGUUGGAAGUUCGUAUGGCACAAAGAUGGCCGUCAACUCGACGUAUCUGGAAACAAUCACACCAUCGCUUCUGUUCUGAGGACAAACACUGGAUCAUAUCAAUGCGGAGUUACUAGAAAAGGAAAUUCAGUCUUCGGCUCAGACUUGAGUAAGGCUGCGAAACUCACAGUUGAGGAGCGCCCACAGGCUCAUAUAAUUCUAUUAACUGGCUGGUCCGAGGUCUUUUCCACUGACAGCUUGGUACUCAAAUGUGGUGUGCAAGAAAGCCAGGACAUGUGGAACUACACAUGGUUCAAAGCCGGGGAACGAAUCGAUCGGCCACCCUCUGAGAAACACACAGUCACACCUCAAGACGACCCUGAGCAGAGCCUGUACACCUGCCGGGGCAUUCGCACCGGUCGACCAUCUUAUUCAACAGACAGCCAUUCGUACAAGACCAAGAACCUCCUUUUGAAGAGGAGGGUGCUUCUUUCCAUCUCCGGCUUAAUCUUCUUUGGCAUCAUCGCCGUCCUCCUUGGAUGCAUUGUCCUAAGAGUCUGCCGCAAACCAGCUGAUGAUGCUGACAGGCCAGAGGAGACAGAGCUGUUCCUCACUAUGGCUCAGCUAAAGGAUCGUGAAGAUGCACCCUGUCCACUGGCUCAGUACAUCACUGAUGCUGAACUGAAUGCCCCAUCCAAAGAAGCGGACGGAAAUGGCACAAUUUGCAGUGAAACAACACCGCUACCAAUAACCUCCCCGGAGGAUCCAGCCGUGACUAGCGAGAGCCAUGAUGCAACAGAAAACAACGGUGGCCUCGCUUCCUUUAAACAAUGAGUCUCUGAAGCUUUGUUGCAUCAGUUAAGCAGAUAAGUACAGGUCUAUAGACUUGCUACAGCCCUGAGGGGUUUUAAUUGAUGUUACAAGUAAGCUUUUUGGAUAUAUUAAAACUGGAGAGAAUUUUGCUGUUACACAAUGCGUAAAAUUCUGUUUUUACUUUUUUACAAUGCUAGCAAACAUAAGUAAAUUCAAUAAGAUUUUUUCUGUGGGGACUGUAAAUGUUUGUACAGAAUGUAAUGGGGAUUAAAUUACCAUCAGACUGGCUGGAAUUGCGAUAUAAAUGUGUAAAUAUUUGUUGUGCACUUAACAACUUGAGAAUUGUCCAUGAUUUUAUUUUAUGGCAUUUAUUCAUACAGUUAAUUGUUAAUGUACUGUUAAAAAUGAAACAUUAUUUAUGUGAUAAGCAUCAACAAUAUACAUGUUUAGCUUUAUUAUUAGCAAUUAUUUUACACACUGUACAUAUGUGUUGAUCUAUAUAUGAGAAUGUAUCAAUCCUUCUUUAGUUUUUCAAUUCUUAAUGCAAAACAACUGGGGCCAGAUGUAUGAAAAAAAAAACAAUGUAU